GAUCCAUAGAAAUGUCAACGAUGCUAAAGGUUGCAAAAAACAAAUACGGUGUGCAACAUUCUCACCUCGUUGCCGCUCUGUUCCAUGCAUGUACAUGUGGAAAGCGUGCGACGUACGCACUGGAGUCACAUCGAGCUAGCCUACAGCCUACACUCGGGACAUGCCGACGGGGCGUUUACCGAGGCUGUGCACCGCUUCCGCACCCCAUGCGCAUGGCUGUGGCCUGGCUCGCAUAGGGUUACACCACAGACACAAAUGCGCACGUCUUCGUGAGCAGGCUCACCAUUCCUCCUCUCUCGCCAUCCUCCAUUAUCGGACUAUGGCCAUUAAGACGAAGACAGCCGUGAAGGCUGAUACCGACACCGUGACUAUAAACCGUUCGUGGGCCAAAGUGUCGCCGAUGAGGACCAGUCCAAACCGCAGCACUUCGAGUCCUCGCAAGACGCCCCACUGCAAGACGUGUCAACGGCCGCGCACUGGCCACCCACGCUCAGGGUGCCCCUACGCCGAUUCUCCCGCUCCUGCACUAGACUCGUCGCCCCGCGGGACGUUAGGGUUGACGGAGUCACUCAAGGCGCUCCAGAUUGACCCCAUUGACGAGAAACGCGAAAGACGACGGUCAGGGAAGGUUGAUUUCAUUUUCGAGGCGGAUGUCCUAGCUGCGAGCACCUCUAAACCCGCGGCUAUGGUGGCACCUGCCACAAAGAAGCCUGCAGUGCCACCGACAAGCACCACAACGGACAACAGUCCGUCUACGAGGCCCUCCACUCCCGACGCUGAUCGGCCACCUCAUAUCGCCAAAGCGUGCUCUCUCGGUCGCACACUUAGCCAAGACGAGCAACGCAUGUUCUUAGAUCGGGCAAGAUUGACCUCAGAGGGAUCUGUGGUCAUCUUGAAGCACCCAACGGACGGUAUUUCCGACCUUCUUGCCGGGGCGAAGACGGUUGGGCUCGCUGCGGAGGUGAUUGGUUCGCUGGGCGAAAAUAGUCGGUUGGUGGCCUUCGGGAGAGACGGGGAGCUAGUGAGCAAAGUCGGGCACGUCGGAGGUUCGGAGAAGGAGGCUGUCGACCAGGCGUGCGAGAACGAGGUGAAGAAGGGGCGCUUUCCAGCAUUGGUUGUUGGUGGUGCGGGCGCAGUGGUCGGUGCUGUGGCUACCUGGACGGGACUUGCCUUCUCGUGAGGAUGCUGGUGCCACACGGGCGAUGAAGUCCGUCUUCGACGAUGCCGAACGUUGUAUUCUCGUUCUCUAGUCAUCGUAUUCUACAUACCUUUAUGUCUUACAUGUGUCGGAUCUGUAUUGUCCAUGAUUUUCCGGACGCGGGCACAGAUAAGCUGUGAUAUACAGAUGCUUCAAUUUUAUUAUUGACGCAUCGUAUGGAGAUGG